AUGUGGAUCCAAAACCAAACGGGGCAUCCCAAACCGAACCACAAACACGACCGGAUUCCUGGAUUCCAGCCCAGCCCCGGGGCCCGCGGGCCCCUCUUUCCGGGCCGUGCCCGGGGGCCGCCGUCUCCCCUUCGCUGCGCCCGCGAUCCCGGCGCCUCCUGCCCCGCUCCCCCCGCAGCCGCUCCCGCUUCCCACCCCGACCCCAGGAAGGCCGGACCAGGGUCUCACCCGCUCCCGGUUCCCACCCCGACCCCGGGAAGGCCGGACCAGGGUCUCACCCGCUCCCGGACGGGGCCGUUCCCGGCCGGAGCCGCCGCCAGGCCGCGUCAGGCGGGGCCGCCCGGGCUGCGCAUGAGCCGGGGGCGGAGCGGCCGGGGGAGAGCCGGGGAGCGGGACAGCCGGGGAGCGGGAUCCGUCUGGGAGCGGGACAGCCGGGGAGCGGGAUCCGGCUGGGAGAGGGAUCCGGCUGGGAGCGGGCACCGAGGGAUGGGUCCAAAAUCGAAGAACAAGCCUGGUGGCAAAAAGGCUGAAAAGAAAGAAGAGGAAGUGAAGCUGAAUGAGGGAGAUGAAGCUGAACGAGAAGAAGCAGCAAGACUUGAGAAGGAGAGACUUGAACGAGAGCGCCUGGCAAGGCUUGAGGCAAAAUACCAAGAACAAAAGGAGUCUGAACUAGCAGAACUUAAUUCACUGGAACAGAAGUUUCUGUCUGCACAGCAGUGGAAAAUGGAAUAUAGAGAACAUGAAAAG